CACCAUUGUUUUCGGUGAACAAGCAGUAAAUUUCGAGGUUAUGUUCAUUACGUCGGGCAAUAUUAUGAUAUAUAUCCAUGACGUAUAACUCGCCUAAUUAAUUAUUUAUCAUCGCAGACGAAUCGGACUGUAAAAUAGUUCACUUUUAUCUUGAUUCGGGCGUUGUGAAAUUUUUAUUGUGGAAACAAUAUGCAAGGGGAUAAAAUCGGUGAAAAGAGGCAAGUUUGGACGGAUGAAGAGCGUUUGGAGCUUGCCGCGAAAUUGGACGCCGAACUGGACGAGUACAUAAAUAACUUGGAAAAAAAGAGUUAUGCUGAAGGAUGGCCGGAGGACAGGUGGCAAGAGGAAAUGGAGAAGCACCCUUUUUUCAUGAAAAAGCCACCGGAACCCGGCGACGAGUUAUCUCCUUUGAUGGAGGGAUUGCAACAACUGAAGUACGGGGAGGAUGAGAAUACUCCUGAAGAAUUGGCGAAUAAUUACAAGGAGGAUGGAAACUUUAAUUAUAAGUAUAAAAAGUAUCGUCUUGCUAUUCUUAGUUAUACAACAGGGAUAAAAACCAAAUGUAAAGAUGACGAUUUGAUGGCUCAGCUUUACAAUAACAGAGCCGCAGCACAUUUCAUGUUGCAAAAUUACAGAUCAUGUUUGAAUGACUGUAAAUUGGCCUUAAAGUUUAAGCCACAAUAUCCAAAGGCUUUGAGUCGAGCUGCCACUUGUAGUUUUCACAUUAAAAAUUAUGACCAAUGCAUUGAUUUAUGCGAUCAGUUUCUUAAUCAAAGUCCAACCGAUAAAACAAUAUUGAAAUUAAGAUCUGAUUCCAUAAUUGCAAAAGAGCGUUUACAAAGAGACAAGAGAAAGCAGGAAAGAGAAGAGAAAAAAUCAGAUAAGGAGGAUGAGAAAUUGUUAGAAACAAUUUCUCGGAAAGGUAUUAAUUUAGAAUUGACGAAUGAUAAACAAAAGUUAGAAUUAAGAGAUCUAGAGCCUCAAGUACCGCAAAUAGCACAAAGCAGAGUACACUUUGACGAGAAGGACAAGCUUGUGUGGCCAGUAAUGAUUUUAUAUCCAGAGACUCAGCAAACUGACUUUAUACAAAAUUUUCACGAAGAUACAUUAUUAAUUGAUCAAUUAAUCGAACUAUUCGAAGAACCCCCUGAGUGGGAUGUAAAACAUCGUUAUACCAUAGAAAAUAUAAAUGUAUAUUUUGAAGGAAAAAACAAAUGUUCCAUUCAUAAAAUAGACAUCCAGCUCACGUUGGAUGAAAUAUUACGAGACAAACAGUUCAUAGUUCGCGGUGGUACACCUGCUUUCUUGAUACUUGUAAAAUCCAGUGAAGCUGAGAAACAUUUCUUACGGUAUACCUUUCUUUCUUUUUCAUUGAGAACCGUGGAAGGUAAUUCACGAAAAACGGCGAACCACUACGGGGUGCAUUACGCGAACUCGUACGCGUGCAGCAACGGCGCACCGAGCGUGUACACCAGCACCGGUUGUUGCACAAACAUCAACGGUGGCGGCUUCAAUGUGCAGCAGCCGCAGCCUCACGAGGAUUAUCGGCCGAUCUACUUUUACGUGGCGCAGCCUUACACGAUCCCGUACACCUUCGCCAAGAGACCGAAACCCGCUGCGUCGUCAUUGCUAAGGGCGGCGAAGCCGCGCGGCAACAAUUGCCGUGUCAAGUUCUCCAAGAAACUUGGGAACGCCGACUUCUCGCAGAAGGUCAAGCAGGGCGAGUUCUCGCGGAGUCUGAACCAGGUGCACUUCGCGGAGAGUCAGGGUCAAGUGCUCGCAAAUUAUCCGAAAGCUGGAUCAUCUCGCGAUCCGAGGAUGACGUCGAUGUUUCGAAGAGGCACGAUCUUCGCGACCUUCUUCCUGUCAUUGUUGGGCGGUGGACUUGUCUGCGCCGCCCUUGUGACACAGCAUUGGGUCGAGGCACGACCGUGGAGAACGCCAAAUCCACAAGAGAGCGCUGGCAGAGUUCAUUUCGGUCUAUUACAGGGUAAAAAGGAAUUAAACGUCGCCUAUGGAUGGAGGACGUAUCAUAUAUCCGUUCCUCAAAUGAUCCGACAAGAUUCAACGGUGAUGUCUUGGGCUCUUUGGAUCGCUACUUUAACAACAACUUCGGCUGCUUUGGUAGCGGCUGCGCUUGCUGCACUUUUGGCAGUUUUAAAUACAGCUACUUCCCCAAGAUCGAAGAUUCUAUCCAUUCCUGGUGUAUACUUUAUAAAUAUGUUAAUGCUGUUAAUGUGCUUAGCAAGCACUUGUACUUGGUUAGCGCAAUACUAUACGAGACUAUACGUUAAUGUGCUUCCGAAGGAGGACAUCGAUAAUAUGUGGACCAGCGAAGGUUCCGCUGAGCUCGGUUAUUCAUUUUGGCUCGUAGUUAGCGCUGGUGUUGUACAUCUCAUUAGUAUAGCAUUAGUCGGCUGGGGCUCAGGUAGAGAAAAGGAUGAUCGUCUGGAACCAAUCCCUGCACUUGAAGAGAAAACUGCCGCAGCGAUUAUGUUAUAUUAAAUGUUAUAAUAGUUUAAAAAUUGUAAGACUAUGAUUGAAUUACGCUACUAUGUGUAAUAUCCAAUUGAUAGUAUCUAUAUCGAGAUUGAACGAAAAGUAGCUGAGAUUAAGCAAUAGAAUUUUCGUUCAUAGAUUUGUGCCUCGCACAGUUCCUAGUUACUUGCUAGGCGUUUGUAAUCAUUUUCCUAGAUACAAUUCAGUUUUGCAACAGAUAUUGUGCAGUUCUAUAUCAAAACGUAAAUAUAAACACAGCAAGUACGUUUGAAGCGCGAGAUGCGCUAAUAAAGUACUUGCCGUAUAUGUCGAAAGAAGAGUUGGAAUGUGACGAUAUCACCUACGUGUGGUAUAUAAUGUAUACAUUUCGACAUAUUUUAUGCAUUGAUAUUAUGCCAGUUCGUAAUACUCGUGAUUUCAAAGUGACGAUAAUCAUAAAACGAGCAUUUUAUGACUAACAACGAUCGAUUACGAUUGAAAGCUACGCGCUAUUCGCUUUAUAUGGCAUAAAAAGACGAGAUUGAGCAUGGAAAAACGCUUUAUUAUAGCUUAAUCUAUACAUUAGUUGUUUAUCAAUAAGGCCGCAAUCUAGACAAUUAUCGUUUCGGAUUUCGGUUUGUAAAGGUUCUAUUAUUGGUAGUAUAAACAUUCGUAUAUAGAUGUGUAUGUAAAUUAUGCGAUACGAAUUCAGAUGAUAUACAGUUAUAUCAUUUUUAUUAUCGAGUUAUCUUCCGAUAUAUUUUGUAAGUUAAAUUCUUUUCUUAUAUUCUUAUUUAGCACUAUGUUUUUCUCUUUUUUUUUACAAAGGCGAUUGUUUUGACUAGACUGGGCUCUCGAGAACGAUAAU